AUGGAUGCUGGGUCAAAACUAGAAGGCUACCUGCUGUUGGCCAAGGGCGCACGGGGCUUAGCCCUCGCAGAUCUGAUCCAGAAAGUCACAGCAGAGCCCGGCAUUUUCACAUUUGGCGAGCUAUUAGAUCUCCCGAACGUGAAGGAGCUGGAGAACUCUGAGUGCUUAAAAGCUCACCAGCUGCUCCAAUUGUUCGCAUAUGGGACCUGGUCGGAUUAUAAAGGAAAUGCUGGAAAUCUGCCCAGCCUGAACGAACAGCAGCUGCUCAAGCUGCGGCAGCUGACGGUCAUAUCCAUAGCAGAGAGCAAAAAGUCGAUAGCGUACGGGGAGCUGCUAGGACAGCUGCAGCUGGGCAACAUCCGCCAGCUGGAGGACCUGCUCAUCACUGACUGCUUCCACAGCGGCAUUGUAAAAGGCAAGCUGGACCAGCGCGCGCAGCGGCUGCACGUGCAUGAGAGCAUUGCGCGCGACGUGCGCCGCGAACAGCUGCAGCCCAUCCUCGACGCAGUUGCCUCCUGGAUGGGGACGUGUGAGGAGAUGGCGGGGGCGCUUGAGGAGCGCAUGCGGUGGAUGGCAGGCGCCACAGAGGCGGCCGACAAGGCCAAGGCGGCAUCGGAUGCGAGCGUUGAGGCAGCCAAGACCGCUCUCAAAUCGGAGCCCGACCCGCGCGGCGGCACUCAGGAGGGGAUGCUGCUGGACGAGCCAGUUGGCCCCUCGAUGGACCACACCAUGGAAGAAGACCGCAUCGGCUUUGGCACCGGCCGCCCCAAGCGCCGCCGAUAG